AUGGCCAAGGAGCCCUCGUCCUUGGUGGUCACGCACAAGGUGGUCGACAAAAGUCCUGCCCUUGAUGUUGCGCCGGACUCGUACGUUGACAUGCUCAACGACACAUCCAUCGACAUCGAUUCGCCGCCGCUCACGGAUUACAACGACUACAACGAUGACAUAGAGAAGGGCCUCGAGGUCGAUGAGUUUGGGGAAGUUGAAGAUGCCGGCUCCGAUGAGAAAGGUGAGUUGCAAGAGAUAGAAGAGGGAGCGUUCGAAGGGGCGGUGGCCAAGGUGAAGGGGAGGGCGAUUCGGACCGGCAACUACACCAAAUUUGAAGAGGUGAUUUUGAUCAAGGCUUGGGAGGCGGUUUCGAUGGAUGUCGUGACCGGCACCGAUCAAACCGGCAAGAGGUAUUGGAAACACAUCAAGGACAAGUUCUUCAAUUUGAUGCCACCUCUCGCUUCCACGCCAACUCGCUCCAACCGUUCACUCCAAGGCCAUGUGAUACCAUCAAGAUGGCGUGCUCGGUGGGCCGGUUGCAUUGAGGCCGCGAGGAAUUCUCCACCGAGUGGCAUCAACGCCGGCGAUUGGGAUGAAAUUGCGCAAAGAAGGUACAAGGACAUGCCCGGGUUGAAGGGAAAGCCAUUUAAAUUCUGGCAUUGCUAUGCCCUUCUUGAGCACAACGAGAAAUGGAAGUUGAGGGAGCAAGAAGCGCCACCACCGAGGCAUAAGCUCGUCGAGUUGGAGGAUGCGGAAGAGGAUGAUGUGCUUGCGACCAAGAAGAACAAGAAGAUGCUGGAUGGAGCAAAGAUAACAAAGGACAAUAUCAAGAAGCAAGGCGAGACUUUGGAGGCAAAGAAGGAGAUGAUGGAGAAGAAGAACAAAGAGAAGGGUGCAAAAUGGAACAUGCUCCAGGAAGAUGCAACGCGCAAUGCCGACGUCGAGGAGAGGAGAGCACAUGCUGAGAAGAACCGGGCCAUGUCGAAGCUCAUCGCGGCGGAGAAUGCGACUAUGAUGAUGGACCUGGCUAAGAUGGAUGAGUUCCAUCUUGAGUGGUGGAAUCAUGCGAAAAUGGAAAUCUUGACGCGAAGGAGGGAAGCUGGACGUGCUACCAUUGUAGGGGUUGCCCAUGGAGCGACCAUUCUCGUGGUAGCUCUGGCCUACAUUUCCGUCUCUAGGCAUGUAAAAGAAGAAACUAGUGCUGCUGUGUCGAGCAACAUGUACGCGUCGCUGGACCACGUCGUCGGCGGCAUGCAGGCUAUCCUAGCAGCCAACCAUUCCGCCUUUGUAGUUGCAGACUACCUAGCGGCUACGAGCAACAUGAAUCGCUUAUCUCGCGUGGAACAAAACUUGUUCAUGGUGUUCGCAAUGCAGCCACACGUGGCCGAGAUGUCAUACGCCGGCACCGACGGCUCCGCCUUCACCUACUACCGCGGAAAGGACAGCCGGUCCAAAAAGAUGUUCGUCAGCCGCCGCGGCAAGUGGUACAAGCAGGCCGUUGAUCCGGUGACCGGCAGCCAUGUCGGACCCGUCGCGGCAGUGGUGCCGCCGAAGCACAUGCGGAACGCCGCACAGGCUCUAGCGGACACCAAGAGCGGCUCACUGGUGGCCCUCGGGGCCGGGUUGGCCCGCCCAAGCGUUCAGAUGGUGGUUUUCUCCGCACCAGUCGGCGACGCCGGCGUGGUCUUAGCCUCCGUCCCUAUUAAGGACGUUCUACCGAUCACCGAUCGGGCCGCUGUAGGCUUUGGCACUGUGGAGGCAUACUACUCGAUCAUCGACACUAAGCACAACACGUCUACAGGUUAUAAAGCUUUGGUCGUUGGUUCUGACGCGAAGAAGAAGAAGAUGGAGGAUCAGUUCUUAGAUAUCAAAUGCACCACAUCCGCCAUUGAUGCUCCCAAGCUAGAGCUCAACGACGUCCGGAUCGGGUCUCACCAAACGGAGUACACAGUCGCGUGCACGAGCUUCGAGCUCUCGAGGGGAGUACACCUGGAACUCCGGCUGGUGUGGCAAAAUGAGGCCAUGUUUCUAGAGAUAGGGGUGGCUGUGGUCUCUGUCGUGUGCUUGCUCGCGGCCAUGACGGCUGUGGCGUGCUUCUUCAUGGCAAGGACGCUGUGGCGGUUGGGGUCGCGGGAGGCGGCGCUCCAGGGUGAGCUCAUGAGGCAGAAGGAAGCGCUCCAGCAGGCAGAGCGCAAGAGCAUGAAUAAGAGCAACGCAUUCGCGUCAGCCAUCCACGACAUCCGCUCCUCGCUCGCCGCUGUCGCCGGACUCAUUGUUGUCUCCCGGACGGAGGCGCGGGCAAACCCCAACCUCACCUACUACCUCGACCAGAUGGAGAUUGGCACCAACAAACUCUUUGAUAUACUUAACACCAUACUAGACAUGGGCAAGGUGGAGUCCGGGAAGAUGCAAUUGGAGGAGGUGCAGUUCAGCAUGGCCGACGUUCUUGAAGAAUCCAUGGACAUGGCGAACGUCGUCGGUAUGUCUAGAGGCAUUGAGGUGGUUUGGGACCCAUGUGACUUCUCUGUUCUUCGAUGCGAUGUUGUCAUCGGUGACUGCAAGCGCUUCAAACAGAUCCUCGACAACCUUCUUGGAAAUGCCAUCAAGUUUACGCACGACGGCCACGUCGUGCUACGCGCCUGGGCCAACCGCCCUAUUGGAAGGAAUUCCAUGAUCAGCACCCCAUCUAGGUUCGCCCCCCGCUGGCAUGCAAGCAUGUUCUGUCGGUGGCUGCUAGGAACGAGGGAAGAAGGUGCAGAACAGAAUGCUCGCCGAUCACUUCUUCAGAAUGAUCCUAACGCCAUUGAGUUUUACUUUGAGGUAAUAGAUACAGGUGUUGGGAUUCCAAAGGAAAAAAGGGAAUCUAUGUUUGAAAACUACGUUCAAGUAAAUGAAGGGCAUGGUGGCACCGGCCUAGGCUUAGGCAUCGUCCAAUCCAUUGUACGUUUGAUGGGUGGCGAAAUAAGCAUCAAGGACAAAGAGCCAGGAGAAGCGGGAACAUGCUUCAGAUUAAACGUCUUCCUCAAGAUCAGUGACGCUGAAGAGCCCAUCGAGCACGGGAGGGCGGUGCCAUCCCUGUUUAAGGAGCCUGGAUGCUUCAAGGGUGGGCAGUGCGUCCUCCUAGUCCAUGGGGACGAGACCCGGCGAAUCCUCCAGACAUGGAUGGAGAACGUCGGGAUGAAGGUCUGGCCCGUCCCGCGUGCCGAGCUCCUCGCCCAUACAAUGGAGAUGGCACGCGCCGCCGUGGGUGCCUCGCCAUCUAGGCCAGCGUCGAUAUCUUCGUCGCAGGGCGUAAGUGAUGACUUGGACGGUGUAGCUGACAGGUGCUUCAGCUCCAAAGAGAUGGUCACCCAGGUCCUACGGAACAGCAGCGGCAACCACGCAGGGCACCUCCACCCCUUCGGCCUACUCGUUGUCGUCGACGUCUCCGGUGGGAGGCUCAAUGAGAUCCUCCAGGAGGCGUCGAGCCUCGCGAGCAUCAAGAACCAAGUUCCGUGCAGGGUGGCGUGCAUUACUGACCUCAAGACCUCCUCCGAGGAUUUGAGGAGGCUCAAGGAGGCGGCAAGCUGCGACAUGGACCUGCGCAAGCCGAUCCACGGCUCCCGGCUGCGCAAGCUCCUCGAGGUCAUGAGAGAGCUCCAGGCGUCUCCGUUUCCGCAACUACAUUCGCAUCAGGUCGGGAUCGCCAUCAAUGAGGUGCCAGCGGCGGAUCAGGCCAUUGCCGCGUCAUCUGAAAUCACAGCUGCGGCCACUGCUGCGUCGUCUGAAACCAUUUCUGAAACCACGUCGGCGGCGGCAGUGCCCCAGGAGCUGCCCAAGCUUGAAGAUGCCAAGCCACUGGAAGGGAAGCGCGUCCUGUUGGUGGAAGACACGAGAGUGCUGCAGCUUAUCCAAAAGAAAAUGCUGAGCACUCUGGGUGCAACAGUUGUGGUAGCAGCGGAUGGAUCCGAAGCUGUGGCAAUAUUCAUCAAUGCUCUUGAGAUUGCAAGUGGUGGUGCUGCUUCAGAGGAACGGUUGGUCUUGCCCUACGACGUGAUAUUCAUGGAUUGCCAGAUGCCGAUGAUGGACGGCUACGAAGCGACAAAGCGCAUUCGCGAGGAAGAAAUCCGUUACGGGAUCCACACCCCAAUCAUCGCGCUGACUGCGCACUCUGUGGAGGAGGAGCUGCAGAAGACCAUCCAAGCAGGGAUGGAUCUCCACCUGACUAAGCCAAUACAGAAGGAGAAACUCAUGGAAGCUGUUCAUCGGGUGUGGAAGGAAGAUAACUGA